AUGACCACACCGGCCGGCUCGGGCGCGGGCUUUGGCUCCGUGUCCUGGUGGGGCCUGUCCCCAGCGCUGGACCUGCAGGCUGAGAGUCCUCCUGUGGACCCAGGCUCACAGGCCAAUACAGAGCACGGGAUCCCCGAACUAGAUGUCCUGCUGCUGGGCUCCGUGGAUGGGCGCCACCUGCUUCAAACCCUGGCCCGGGCGGCGCUCUGGCCUCGCAGGAGGUUUCGCUUCUACGUGCUGGAGAAUAAUCUGGAAACUGUGGCCCGACACAUGCUCUUCUUCAGCCUAGCCCUGGAGGAUCCUGAGAAGAUGGGGCUGCAAGAGAGGAGUGAGGCCUUCCUGGAAGUGUGGGGCAACGCUCUGCUGCGCCCCCCGGUGGCCGCCUUCGUGCGCGCCCAGGCAGACCGCCUGGCUCAGCUGGUCCCGGAGCCCGACCGCCUGGCGGAGCAGCUGCCCUGGCUCAGCCUGGGCGCCCUGAAGUUCCGCGAGCGCGACGCCCUGGAGGCCGUGCUCCGCUUCUGGGCCGGCGGGGACCAGGGGCCCCAGGCCUUCCCCGUGACCCGCCUCUGGGACAUGAGGCUACGACACUACCUGGGCUCCCGCUAUGACUCCCGGCGCGGUGUCAGCGACUGGGACCUGCACAUGAAGCUGCAUGACCGCGGGGCCCAAGUCAUCCACAUCAGGGAGUUCAGGCGCUGGAGGGACACUGGCGUCGCCUUUGAACUCAGAGACGCCAGCGCCUACCAGGUGCCCAACCGGACUCUGGCAUCCGGCCGCCUUGUGAGCCACCGCGGGGAGCGCGUGGCAGCGCGAGGGUACUGGGGGGACAUAGCCACGGGGCCCUUCGUAGCCUUCGGCAUUGAAACGGACGACAAGAGCCUCCUGCGGACCAGCAACGGGCAGCCGGUCAAGACUGCCGGCGACAUCUCGCAGCACAAUGUGACAGAGCUGUUCCGCGCGAUGGCCGCCUGGGGGCACCCGAGCGCCACCCAGGGGGACCCCGCGCAGGUGCCCAGCAACACAAACGGAACCCCGGAGCCUGGUACCCCAGCAGCGCCUGGCCCGGGAUCCUUCACUGUCCACUUCCUGCCCCUCGGUUCUGCCCAGACCCUGCACCACAAGAGCUGCUACAAGGGCCGGUUCCAGCUUCUCUACGUGGCCUGUGGGAUGGUCCAUCUUCUCAGCCCUGAGCUCGGGGCCUGCGUGGCCCCUGGAGGAUGCCUGACUGUGGAAUUAGCCCGGUAUCUGGUGGACCUGCGGCAGGAGCAGCUGCAGGGGUUCUCCGACCGGGUUGGGGAACUGGCUCUGGCCGCUGGAUUCGCCCCACAGCCCCAGGCCAGGCCCUCUGAGACCUUCGCCCGCUUCUACAAGGCUGGGGACCCUGCUCCCGUAGACCCAGCGGUGGAACCCGGGACUCUGCCCCCUGAGGCAACAAACCACCUCUCUGAGGACCUGACCCAGCCCCUCGAAGGUGGAACCCCACUCUCUGAACCCCUCAAACUGCCCUCAGCGUCUCAGGCUUCUUCACUGGAGGCUUUGGCUCCAUCCACAGAGAGUCAGACCCUAAAACUGGAGAGUCUGACGGGACCCUCAGAGGCCACGUCCCCCAUCUCUAACUUCUAAAGUCAGGUCCUGGAAUUAGAAC